AUGGCAAGAGUGUGUGAAUCCUGUGCAUCCAGCCUAGAAGGUUCUGUCCUCUCCCAAGAGGGAACCGUAAAAAACAAAGGGGGGUGGGAUUCCCUCGAGGUCCAGUGGUUAGGACUUCCAAUUCAGGGGGCGCAGGUUCAAUCCCUCAUCGGGGAACUAAUAUCCCAGGAGCCACAGGGCACCGCCAAACCCCCCCCCCUCCCCCCCCCCCCCCCCCCGCAGAAAAACAAAGGCAGAUCAAGGGACUCUCCAAGAGUCAGCAGCCAAAGAAGCCUUUUUUUUUAUGAUUACAGAUGUGAUCGUGUUCUGUCUCCCUUGCUUUGA